AUGACGACGGUGUUCAAAGAAGUAAAAACAGCGAUUGUUGAGACCUUUCAAGAGAUCUCCGUACAUGGAUUUAUAUUUCUUGUGAAACGUGGAACAAACAUUUUAGAGAGAUUAGUUUGGCUUGCUUGUAUAAGCGUGGGUGUUUAUGCAAUCAUAAGUUUGGGUCUUGACACUUGGAAUCGUUAUCAAACUUCACCAACCGUCAUAACAAUGGACAGAAACAAAUUUUCAUGGAACACAAGCUUUCCAAGCUGUAAGUUUUCACUGACUGUGUGCUCAGAGAAACGAAUUGACGACGAUAAAGUUGAAGCAUAUCUGAAUAGCAACAUAAAGAUGUUUCCUAAUGAAACCAUCAAAGCGAAUGCUCGAGAAUUUAUCAAGCGACUCUCCACAAUUUCUUAUGAAACUAUGUCAGAUUUUCCGCUUGACAUCGAUCCUGGCUUCGAUCCAGAUGACUACCUCAAACUUCUGAAUGAAUUCAAGUGGAGGUUUGUACCUGAAAUCUCUAGUGGAACAUCAAAUAAACUGCUUUUGGCAGAGACAGUGACGGAAAAUGGAAUUUGUGACGCUGUAAAUUCAAACAUCGCUUUUUAUAAUUCUUUUGAAUACUGGAAAAGCAACCGUUGGGAUAUCGUCAAAUCAAACGUCACUGUCGUUGUUCAUCCAUUUGACGGUGAAAUUUAUGCUCAAUUAACGAAUAUAUCAACAGCAUAUGAGGUCUUUUACCAUGGCUCUAUGGAAGUUCCUGAUAUUUCGAAGCAGAAGCAUAAAUUUCCUGAAACUGAUUACACAACUGUCGAGUUUUUGGCUUUGGAAAUUUUGACAUCAGAAGAUGCUAAAAGUUUGAAACCAUCGCAGAGAAAAUGUAACUUGGAAAAUGAAGCUGAUGAACUCUUGACCAGUUCUGUUUAUAGCUUUAAUUUAUGUCGAAGUCAAUGUCGAUUCAGAAUGGCGUUAAAGGAAUGUAAUUGCAUUCCUUUCUUCUACAGAAAUAUUGAUAAAAAUGGAAAGAAAUAUCCGAUUUGUGGACCGAAGGGCAUGAGAUGUUUGGGAAAUAUCAAAGGUAAAAGUUUCUUUAUCAAAUUAUCUCAUAUCAAAAUGACAAAAUCAUGCUUGGUCUCAAGAAAACGUAAAAUUGAUUGCAAUUGUAUGCCGAAUUGUGACAACACAAACUUCUCCAUUCAAUCGAUUCGAUCUCGGAUUUGGUUUUUGGGAGCUAACUUCCAGUGGGGGAUUAUUGAUUAUCCAAAGCUUCAAUUGAAGCGUGAACUUUUAUUUGGAAUUUCAGACGUCCUUGUUUAUGUUGGUGGUCUUGGUGGAUUGUUUCUCGGUGAUAAUUUAACUUCCUGA